GACAAUAAAAUAUUUAUUCAUUCAGGGUCUAUCAGGUUGGGGGCUUGGGAUUGAUGGAGGUGGGGGUCAUGGUUUGAAAAUGUUUACGAUUUGGAGGAAGGUUGUGAUUUUAGAAGCGGAGGUGGAUUUUGCAGGAAUUGUUGGAUGAUGGGAUACAUUUUGAGGGAUGGACUCGACAUAUUCAAUUUCAUUGAUGUAUAUUUGGCUACUUGGAUCUUAAAACAAAUGUUCUUUUGUUUAUUUUCCUGUAUAAAUCUCUGCACGAUUUUUUCACCCUGCUUUAGGCAUUGAAGCCAUCAGCUCCUUAUAUUUCCACCAAUUUAUAGCUUAGAACUUAUAGUUCCACUGAACUAGCAUGCAUGUAUAAAUAAACAGGAACUCAGGAUACUAACACAAUAGGUCUCAUUGGUUGAGAUAUUCCCAGCAUAAAUUCUGUCAGAUGAAAAAUGUAUUACUUUUAAACUAUUUUGAUACGUCUUGCUUCCAAAAUUUCUCGGGUGUUACGAGCUGUCAAGAUGCCCGAGCUGAACCCACAUUUGGAGAUUUUUUCCCCAACAGAUUAUGGUGAAAUUGUAUGUGUAAUGUUAAUUACUGCUGGAAUGGAAGGAGUGUGAUAAUUUUAGUUGAAUUGUAUUAACAGGUUUUUUUACAUUUCAAAGGAAAUAACCAAACACAAAGCAUAAAAUAAUGUAUGAAGAAUCAGAAAAAACCAAGAGGUGGGAAGGUGGCUAUGAACGGACUUGGGAAGUCCUCAAAGAAGAUGAGUCGGGUUCCCUUAAAGCCACGGUGGAUGAUCUUCUAUUCAAAGAGAAAAGAAAAAGAGUCUUUGAAUCACAUGGGCAAGUUAGACUCGGAAUGAUGCGGCACUUAUAUGUGAUAAUAGACAUGUCUAAAUCAAUGGAAGACCAAGACUUGAAACCGAACCGACUUACCUCAACAUUAAAGUUACUAGAAUACUUUGUAGAUGAAUACUUUGACCAAAAUCCCAUUAGUCAGAUUGGUAUAAUUUCUACAAAAAACAAAAGGGCAGAAAAGCUUACCGAACUUGCAGGAAAUCCGAAGAAACACAAAGAAGCCUUAAGUAAAGCUGUUGGUGGCUCAUGCAGUGGCGAACCCUCUCUUUAUAACUCACUCUCUCUUGCCAUGGAUACCCUGAAGCACAUGCCAGGGCAUACCAGUCGUGAAGUACUUGUCAUUUUCAGUAGUCUUACAACUUGUGACCCAUCUAACAUUUAUGAUCUUAUUAAGUGUUUGAAAGCUACUAAAAUCCGCGUGUCGGUGAUAGGUCUCUCGGCCGAAGUUCGAGUUUGCACUGUUCUUGCACGUGAGACUGAUGGUGUACACAAUGUUAUUUUAGACGAGAGUCAUUUUAGAGAUCUGCUUAAUUACCACGUUCGACCUCCACCUGCUAACUCCAAUUCAGAGUGUUCACUCAUUCGUAUGGGUUUCCCCCAGCAUACAAUGGGAUCGUUAUCCGAUCAGGAUGCCAAACCAUGUUUCAGCAUGGCACACUUGGAUAGCAGCAGUGGGCCAACAUUAACACUUGGUGGAUAUUAUUGCCCUCAGUGCAGAGCAAAAUAUGCUGAGUUGCCUGUGGAGUGUAAAGUCUGUGGUCUUACAUUAGUCUCUGCACCUCACUUGGCAAGGUCCUACCAUCAUCUAUUUCCACUGGAUGCCUUCAGAGAAAGUUCCUUAGAAGAGGUUCAGGGAGAACGGUAUUGUCAAGGUUGUGAAGGGGAUUUGCAAGAUCCAAUCGUGUAUACCUGCAACUUGUGCCAGAACAUCUACUGCGUGGAGUGUGAUAUUUUUAUUCAUGACACCUUACAUUGUUGUCCUGGAUGUAUUCAUAACCAAUCCAAUCCGUAAUGACUGUCAAAUAAAAUACUAAAUUAAUGAAUAACCAA